AUAACCAAACUAACCAACAUGGUAGCUAGAAUCACAACUUUCUUCUGCUUGGUGGCUGCAGCAGCAGCAGUGGCCGUCCCAGUGGCGCCUGCUGCCAAGGUAGUAUACGCAGAGCCUGAUGAGCCGGCCAAUUAUGAAUACCAGUACUCAGUACAAGAUCAACACAGCGGCGAUGUGAAACAGCAAAAGGAAAGCCGCUCCGGUGAUGCUGUCCACGGAUUCUACUCUUUAGUUCAACCAGAUGGCACUCAACGCAUCGUGGAAUACACCGCUGAUAACGAACAUGGAUUUAACGCUGUUGUACGUUACGAGGGUCAAACUACUGCUGCGCACGCUAAUGUUGCCUAUGCAGCCGCCCCCGUCGCCAAGGUCGCCUAUGCAACUUCUCCUGUUGCCAAGGUUGCCUAUGCUGCUCCCGUAGCUAAAGUGGCCUACGCACCGGCUCCCGUUAGUUACGCUGCUCCCGCUCCCGUCAACUACGCCGCAUCGACUCCAGUCGCUAACGCUGCUCCCGUCACUUAUUCGGCACCGACUCCAGUUGCCAACGCUGUUCCUGUCAGCUAUGCCGCGCCGGCUUCAGUUGCUAACGUUGCACACGUCAGAUAUGCCGCGCCGGCUCCAGUUGCUAACGCUGUACCUGUCACUUAUGCCGCACCGGCUCCAGUUGCUAACGUUGCUCAUGUCAGAUAUAUCGCACCGGCUCCAGUUGCUAACGUUGCUCACGUCAGAUAUGCCGCGUCGGCUCCAGUUGGCAACUCUGUUCCUGUCAGCUACGCUGCGCCGGCUCCAGUUGCUAAUGUAGCUCACGUCAGAUAUGCUGCGCCAGCUCCAGUUGCUAAUUCUGUUCCUGUCAGCUACGCCGCGCCGGCUCCAGUUGCUAACGUUGCUCACGUCAAAUACGCCGCUCCAGCUCCUGUCAGCUAUGCUGCACCAGCCGCAGUCACAUAUGCCGCCCAAGGCCCCGUAACUUACGCCUCUGCUCCAGUUGCCAAUGUAGCCUAUGCACCCGCUCCCGUUGCCAAUGGAGCCUACGCCUCAAAUAUCGGUCACGUCUCUUAUUCCUCCCCCGCCGUUUCUGUAGUAUCCUUCUUCUGCUUCGUAGCCGCGGCAGUGGCGGUCACUAUUCCCACUGUGCCGGUGGCCAAAGUGGCGUACGUAGAACCGGAGGCUCCUGCCAACUACGAGUUCGAGUAUUCAGUACAGGACCAGCACAGCGGGGACGUCAAGCAGCAGAAGGAGGGCCGCGCCGGUGACGCUGUCCAUGGAUCCUACUCCCUCAUCCAGCCUGACGGUGUCCAGCGUAUCGUCGAGUACACAGCCGAUAAAGUGAACGGAUUCAACGCCAUUGUACGUUACGAGGGACAGGCAGCCCCGGCGCCAGCUAAGAUUGCCUACGCCGCCGCCCCGGUCGCUUACGCCGCUCCUGUUGCCAAGGCCGCAUACGCUGCACCAGUUGCUAAGGUCGCGUAUGCUGCUCCCGUUGGAUUCGCUACGGUACCACUCACAUACGCCGCUGCUCCCGUUGCCAAACUGGCGUACAGUACAAACCUCGGUCAGGUAGUAGCCUUCUUCUGCUUCGUAGCCGCGGCAGCGGCGAUUGCUAUCCCCGCGGUGCCAGUGGCCAAGGUGGCGUACGUAGAACCGGAGAUUCCCGCCAACUACGAAUUCGAGUAUUCAGUGCAGGACCAGCACAGCGGGGACGUAAAGCAGCAGAAGGAGGGCCGCGCCGGCGACGCUGUCCACGGAUCCUACUCCCUCAUUCAACCCGACGGCGUCCAGCGUAUCGUCGAGUACACAGCCGAUAAAGUGAACGGAUUCAACGCCAUCGUACGUUACGAGGGACAGCCAGCCCCGGUGCCAGCUAAGAUUGCCUACGCUGCCGCCCCGGUCGCUUACGCCGCUCCUGUUGCCAAGGUCGCAUACGCUGCACCAGUUGAUAAGGUCGCGUAUGCUGCUCCCGUUGCAUACGCCCCAGCACCAGUCACAUAUGCCGCUGCUCCCGUUGCCAAACUGGCGUACAAUCAAACGUGCAUGACUGGUAUAAAAGCUCCGGUUACCGACCUAGGAGUACAUUAUCUGAUAACACUUCUACCAUACAACAUGAACGCCCAAGUAAUAUCCUUCUUCUGCUUCGUAGCCGCGGCUGCGGCAAUCGCCAUCCCCGCGGUGCCAGUGGCCAAAGUUGCGUAUGUAGAGCCGGAGGCUCCCGCCAACUACGAGUUCGAAUAUUCAGUGCAGGACCAGCACAGCGGGGACGUCAAGCAGCAGAAGGAGGGUCGCGCCGGCGACGCUGUCCAUGGAUCCUACUCCCUCAUUCAACCCGACGGCGUCCAGCGUAUCGUCGAGUACACAGCCGAUAAAGUGAACGGAUUCAAUGCCAUCGUACGUUACGAGGGACAGGCAGCCUCUGCGCCAGCUAAGAUUGCCUACGCCGCCGCCCCGGUCGCCUAUGCUGCCCCUGUUGCCAAGGUCGCAUACGCUGCACCAGUUGCUAAGGUCGCGUAUGCUGCUCCCGUUGCAUACGCUCCAGCGCCAGUUGCAUACGCUGCUGCUCCCGUCGCCAAACUGGCGUACAGCACGAACCUCGGCCAAGUCUCCUACUCAUCACCCGUCGUCACCUAUCAACACUAAGCUAGCAAUAUAAGUUAUUUAUAUACUAUUUAUAAAGUAUCUAAACCAAAUAAAACAAA